UAUUGAAAUAGAUACACACAUCUACAAUAAAAAAAUAUGCGCCGGCCAAAAAUAUCCUUAAAAAAGUAUUUCUAUUUUACAUUAAUCUGUGCGCUUCUAUUAAUAUUCGGAAUCAAUUUGAGAGAGCGUGAAAUAUGGAAAGACAAAUUAUCACAAGAUCAACCUUUACAACAAUCAUUGCAACAAAUUACAAAAGCAAGCCAUCAAAAUGCAAAAGAUUUAUUGAAAGAUGUUUCGGAAAAUGAAUUGAAUAAUUCUGAUGGGCGUACAGAAAAUCGAGGAAACCCUUACAGAACAACAACAACGCAACAUGUUCAAAAACAGCAUUACAAAUCUGAGGCACCUAACAGUGAGCAACAACAAAACUAUUUGCCUUCCAAUUUAGAACCAACAUCAAAGCCAUGGUUCUUUAGAAACGGUGAUUACUAUCCUAAAACGGUACAAGCAUCGAAGCUCUUCCCACAUCAGGAUCCAUAUAGCGAUCGUAUUGUUAAUCAGUUAAUGUUUGUACCACCGAACUAUGAAGAAUUUCGACAAAGUGGUAAACUCAAAUCAAUAUUAUUAUACAAUGGAUUAGGUCCUUGGAAUGUUAAACAGGGUCGCGAUGUCUUCCUGCGGUCAAUGUGUCCAAUUGAUACUUGUGAGAUAACAGCACACCGCGAACGAACUCAAACUGCUGAUAUGAUUUUGUAUAAAGAUCAUUACAUACCCACAGGUUUGCGUAGAUCGGCUAAUUCUAAACAAGUUACAAUGCUCUAUUACCUUGAAUGUCCAUAUCAUACACAAAAUGUUAAAGUUCCCGACGCAAUAAAUUGGACUGCAACUUAUCGCCGUGAUAGUGAUAUAGUAGCACCUUACGAGAAGUGGCAGUAUUAUAACCCGAAAAUUCGUCAAAUAGAACAGGAUCGUAAUUAUGCAGCGAAUAAAACAAAGAAAGUUGCUUGGUUUGUAUCUAAUUGCGGGGCAAGGAACGGACGUCUACAGUUCGCACAUGAGUUACAAAAACAUAUAGAAGUUGAUAUAUACGGUGCCUGUGGAAACUAUAAGUGCUCUCGCAGCACCGCUGAUAAAUGUUUCGAAAUACUUGAUCAUGAAUAUAAAUUUUACCUCGCUUUUGAAAACUCUAAUUGUAAGGACUAUAUAACGGAAAAGUUUUUCGUUAACGCACUUAAUCGAAAUAUUCUGCCAAUUGUUAUGGGUGCAAGGCCUGAAGAUUAUGAAGUUAGUGCACCCUACCGUUCAUAUAUACAUGUAGAUGAAUUCAGUUCCGCUAAGGAGUUAGCGGAAUAUUUAAAUAUACUUGAUAAAGAUGAUGAAUUGUACAAUUCAUAUUUUAAAUGGAAAGGUACUGGUGAGUUUAUAAAUACAUAUUUUUGGUGUCGCGUUUGUGCGGCGCUGCACGAUGAGGAAUCAUUAAAAAUACCACAUUGGUAUUCAGAUGUAAAUGAUUGGUGGCGCGGUGCUGGGGUGUGUACCAGCAGUUCGUGGCGUAAUUUUAAGGCGCGUAAGGAUGUUAUUAGUGAUGAUUAGUGUGGAAAAAAAUUGUUGAUAGGACUAGUAAUUAAUGUAGACCUUGUUAUUACAAACAUAGAUAAGGCUUUAGAUGUGUUUUAUAGUAUAGAUCAUUUAACAAUAACAAAAUUACAUACAUUACUCAAGGGUAUUGCAAAAUGAUUAAAAUUUAUAAAUUUAAGAAUGUUACGAAUACUGUAAAAAAAAUGUUUAACAGGAUAUAUAAUGGUGUAAAUUGUUCCAUAAUAAUUUUCGGUACACAUAAAAUGUGAAAUACUUCUGCUUUCAUAACAUAUGUCAUGUGAAACACAUAUUGAAAUAUUUAAUUCUAAUUUAAUUUUCUUUAA